AUGACUAUGCGUUCACCAGUUUCUAAAGCCACUACAUCUGCCUCAGUGGCCGACCCGCCGAAGUUAGUAUCGGAUUCCGGCACUGCUGCCGACAUCAUUGAUUUGCCAAACACUCCCGAAGCCGAGGGAGUUAGUACUCGUGCCUCAUCUGCCGCCCGCCAGGAAGCGAUGUUUAAGGCUAUGCAGAAACGCAUCGCCACGCUUGAACGCAGUCUGAAGGUUGCCCAACAGAAAAUAAGAGAACACGAGUUAGCAAACGAAGCCCAACGCGCAGAUGCGCAAAGCAUAUCCAGUGCACCCAGCGACAGUUCCGCCAACGAAUCUGCCUUGCCGUCAUCGAGCCUGCCAAUGACACAGUUCCAGCUUCUUCACCCGCAAUCGCCGAUCGUAACGAGUGCUGCUACCAAUGUAGAUGCUGUGCAGCCGCUGUUGCCACCUCAUAACGCUACACGUUGCCCGAUUCUUUCGUCAACGGUGCCAAUUCCUGCUAACGUAGGCUCCGUACCUGCGCAGUUUUCAACUCAGCCAAGAAAAUUGCAAGAUUUGCCGGAGUUUAGUGGGAAGCCGGAGGACUGGCCGAUAUUUUUUACUGCUUACACCGAGUCAACCGCUGUCUAUGGGUACAGCUGUUUUGAAAACAACUUACGCCUGCAGAAGAGCUUAAGGGGUGAGGCCCGAGAGGCUAUUAAAUCGCUGCUUAUCCACCCGAACAAUGUGGGCAAUAUCAUCGAGCAACUUAGGUUCCGAUACGGUCGCCCGGAACAAUUAAUUCCAAGCCAGCUAGCCCAUGUUCGAGAAAUUGCUCCGAUAUCGGAAAGCUCAGUGGUAAAGUUGAUACCAUUUGCGACGAAGAUUGCCAACAUUUGUGCAUUUUUACGUUCUGCGUGUGGCGGAGAGCAGCAUUUAGCGAAUCCAACGCUUCUUGAUGAGCUCGUUGGAAAGUUACCCAUGAGCAAGCGUAUCGAAUGGGCAGUUUUUGCAUCGUCUUUGCAGCCUUAUGCAACGGUUCAGCAUUUCAGCGAUUGGCUUACUAAACUUGCCAAUGUCAUCUGCACGGUUUACGACGGGGAAACAGCGAGAGACUCGAAGCGCCGGGUUGUGCUGCACGCUGCCGAAUCACAACGCCAUCCAACUUGCCCUAUUUGUCAGGGCCAACAUAAGCCAGCCGACUGUAGCCAGUUCAGCCAACUUACAGUGCCGAAGAGGUGGGAAGAAGUGAAGCGAUGCCAUCUCUGUUUCUCAUGUCUCAACGCUGGACAUGGGUCGCGCAAUUGCCAAAGGCGCAAACCAUGUGCCACCGACGGGUGCAAACGGUUUCAUCAUAAAUUGUUGCACGAAAUUGAAAAAACUAUCGACGGGUCAUCAAACCAGUCAUUGCCGCCUCGAGAUCGCAACAGACGUGUUUCCAUUGCCGAUCCACGUAAAACGAUUAGCACGCAGACGCAGCCAGCGUCGCGUAUUCAGUCGCAAGGCGAUACGGGUGUAGCAGUCCUUAGUUGCAGUGCAAACGUUGCCGAUAGCAAGUUGUUAUUUCGGAUUCUGCCGGUCGUGCUGUAUGGGAACCAGAAGCGCGUUGAGACGUACGCCCUUUUUGAUGAAGGUUCGUCAAUAACAAUGCUUGACAACGCACUAAUUGAAGAGCUCGGGUUACGUGGCCGGACUGAACGCUUAAACCUACAGUGGUUCGGAGGACGUGCCACCCAAGAGCCAGCCGUGGUGGUAGACUUACUAGUGAGUGGUGCCAAUAUGCAAAAGAGACAUAAACUACGAAGGGUUUAUGGUGUUUCAAACCUGCAGCUACCUUCUCAGAGCCUGAGUAAAGCCGAUUUGCGUUGCCAUGAAAAACAUUUAAAUAAGCUGGCAGUUCAGCCAUACGCGCAAGUCAAGCCAAAGCUGUUAAUCGGACUCGACCACUGCCACCUUGGUUUGCCGUCAACCACAAUGCAGCUAAACAAGUGUGGGCCGUUUGCCGCGAAUACUGAGUUGGGAUGGGUUGUGUUUGGACCAACAACCAACUCUUAUCCGACAUUGCCAUCAUGUUUAUUCGUUAACUGCCACACUGAGCAGUCGCUACACAAUGCGGUUGCCGAAUAUUUCGAGACGGAAAGCUUUGGGGUUCGAGCUGCGCCUGCCAUCGAGAGUGAAGCUGAUAUCCGUGCUCGCGAAAUCUUGAGGUCCACUACGUGCCGUGUUGAAGGAAGAUAUCAGACUGGUCUGCUCUGGAAGCGUCCCGACAUACAGCUACCUGCGAGCUAUGCUAUGGCCUUGAGGAGAUUAGCGGGUAUUGAAGCAAAAAUGAGGCGCGAUACAAACUUUGCCGCUGAAUAUAAGCGCAUCAUGAAUUCCUACGUCGCGAAGAACUACGCAAGAAAGCUGUCGCCAGAAGAAGCCGCUUUAACUAACGAUAGGACAUGGUACUUGCCUCACUUCGCCGUCAGCAAUCCCAACAAGCCAGGCAAGUUACGUAUGGUGUUCGACGCGGCUGCUGAGGUGGACGGUGUGUCCCUCAAUUCACAGCUCAUGAAGGGUCCACAGGAAUAUCGGCCUUUGCCUGCUAUACUAUUUCACUUUCGUGAAGGAGCAAUAGGCGUGUGUGGUGACAUCAAAGAGAUGUUCCACCAGGUGCUGGUUCAACGUGACGAUAGACGUGCGCAACGAUUUCUUUGGCGCAAUGGUGAUACCACCAGACAGCCCGAAGUGUAUGAGAUGCGCGUAAUGACCUUUGGAGCAGCAUGUUCGCCUUGCGCCGCCAACUAUGUGAAGAAGAUCAACGCGUUAGAGUAUCGCAAAAAAGUCAGUGGUGCUGUCCGAGCCGUGAAAUCGAUACUGGACUACCAUUAUGUCGAUGACUAUGUCGAUAGCUUCGACACAGAAGAAGAAGCAGCUGACAUCACGAAACAAGUUCGAGCAAUACACAAGAUGGCCGGUUUCGAUCUUUGCAAUUUCGCGUCGAACUCGUCAAGAGUGACAGAAGCCCUUGGUGGCGACGGAGCUACCCGUCAAAUAGCCAAGAAGGAAGGAGUACUGGUGGACAGAGUUCUCGGUUUGUUUUGGCAGGCAUCGACCGACACCUUUGGAUUUAAACUGAAGUUCAACAACGUAGAAUCCAGCGUAUUGAACGGAAUGCGCCGUCCGACAAAGCGAGAACUCCUCAGCGUGGUCAUGUCCAUCUUCGACCCGCUGGGAUUUCUGAGCAAUUUUGUAGUGAGUGCUAAGAUACUCAUGCGGGAGGUGUGGAAGCAUGACAUCCGGUGGGACGAACCAUUGCCAAACAACGUAAACGCCGCAUGGGAAUGCUGGCGUAAGCAACUUUCAACGGUCGCCGAAUAUGUCGUUCCUCGGUACUAUUUUCUAAACGGCAAACCUAAAGCUCUGCAGCUCCAUGUCUUCGUCGACGCUAGCGAGGAUGCCUUUGCUGCGGUGGCCUACUGGAGGUCAACCAAUGCCGUCGGUGAGGUGGAAGUCGCAUUUAUCUCCGCAAAAACCAAAUGCGCGCCGAUGAAGUCUUUGACGGUGCCUCGAUUGGAGCUUCAGGCAGCCGUGCUGGGUACGCGUUUAAUGAGCUGCGUCCGGGAGGAACACUCCUUGGACAUUGAUGACUGCAUCAUUUGGAGUGACUCCAAAACG